ACCACCCACGCCGAGGGCCAUGGAACUGCUUAAUAGAAACAGGCUUGUAAUUGUGAGUCCGCGCCGCACUCCGCCGAAAGCCUCCGGCGGCCCAGCGCGCCGGGGUUUUUACACUUUCCGUUCCUUUUGUAAAGACGGAGGAGGAGAAGAAGACGACGAAGACGAAGAAGAAAAAGACGACGACAGGGAAGACAAAGAGACUCGCAGCGACAAGGCGAGGGGGAGACGAGGGAAGACGGGGAGAAGACUGAGGAGCGGACGAGGAAAGGGGGGCCAGGAAAAAAAAGGAAUUGAUGUGAAAUCCAAGCCCAACGUCCGCGCCAUCGGCACCCGCGCUCCGGGCAGGGGUUGA